AUGACCGGUUUUAGUGACAGGGAACCAAGAUCUCCACCACGGAAACCCGAGCUCCCGAGCCGGAGCCGGGGGCUCUCCCUCCAGCAGAUGGCUCCAGCCCGGGGUCUCCAGUCGCUUCCAGGCCUCUUCGGGAGACUCGGGCCUCCCAGAUCCUCUCACCGGAGCUCGCCGCUCCCCCAGCCCGGCUUCGCGCGGGCGCCCAGAGCCCCGCCGGCCCCACCUGCACCCGGCAGGCCCGUCACCAGGCAACAGUCGCCAGCCCCGGGGACCUUGGGAGGCCUACCCCGGGCGCGGGUCCUUCCCCAUUCCUUUUCGCUGCUUGAGGAGCCCAACCGAGAGCGCUGCCGGGGCGGUGCUGGGGCUCUUUUCCCCCGCCCCCCCAAACGCCUCCUGGCUGCUCCUGCUCAGCCCCGGCGCCUGGCCACUGCCGCCGGCUUACUCCAUACCCUCUCACACUCGCGCGGCCUCAAAGGCUGGAACCGGAGGAGGGAAGGGGGAGGGGAGGGGAGGGACUGGGGAGGAAGAGUAAGGGAGGGGGAAGAAGACCGAAAGGCCAACCAGCCCGGCCAUGACGUCACUUCCUGCUUGUUCGGAAGGGGCGGGGCCUGGGCGUCUUCGGCCUCCGCCUCCCGAGAACGGGGUGGGGGCGGGGUUACGGGUCGGGGGAGGAGCCCGGCGGACGAGUUUAUGGCGGUUCUUUUGACUCCGUGGUUCCGUAGCCUUGGCAGCCAGAGCCAGCCUCCCGGCCCAGGGCGGAGUGUGUCAAGUUUCGUGAGCCCUAGAGAUGUUUUCUGCCGGAAAAGGAGGACAGGAUGCUCUGGUCCUUUUCAAGCUACUCAACUAUGGGAUGGUAUUAUUCACUCCCUUCAGACUCAAGUGGAAAUAAAAAGAAGGAGGCAUCAUUUACGAACAUACAAAGACUGUUUUACUGGUUCUGAUGCUGUUGAUGUAGUACUAAGUCAUCUUAUGCAGAAUAUGUGCCUGAGUAGUAAUGAUAUCUCUCGUCUUAAAGGAGUUCGUCUUUGUCAAGUUCUAAUGAACCAUAAAGUAUUUGAACCAGUAGAAAUGAAGCUACUCAAAGAUGAAAAGGAAUUGGAAUUUGAGGAUUCAAACAAUAGUCUCUACAGGUUUCUAGGGAAUAAAUCAUCUUAUGUUUUUUGCAAAAGAAAGAAGGAUUCUGAGACUGGGUUAAAUGAUGAAAUAAAAGCAAAGGAAUCUUUAAGACCAGAAGGCAAAGUGAUUUCAAAUCCUCUAGCACAAGAGAUUGGUGAGGAAAGAAUUGAGGAACUUAUUGAUACAAUGAGUGGGACUCUGGCUUUACCUCCAAACAUCACAGUUGACAAACCUGUUCUUCCACUUUCAAAAGAAGAUGUUUGGAAACAACAAACAUUGCUACGUAUUCUUCCUAUUCACAUUCCAUUCUUAGAAAAUAUUUUGGAGCCUCCAGUUAAAACACAAAAUCUCCAAUUAAGUAAAGAGGAAGAUCUUGUUAUCUCAAACACUUGCCUCGACAGAGAGGUUAUUCCAAGCUUAUGUCUACUUGAGAUUGAUAACUGGCUUAAUUCAGCAAUUGAAUGCUUGGAAUAUUUCCCUGACCAGUUAAUAGUUACUGUCAGCGAGCAGUUAGUUCAAAACAGAAAUGAAGAGACAAGAUUGAAUACACAGAAGAAGUUACUCUUUGAUGUCAUAGUAAAAUAUUAUAAUCAAGAGAGAGAUUGCUUAUUAACUGAUGAGUACUUUGAUAUUCAUUCAGGAAUUAUUGAACUUUUAGAAAAUGAGAAAAGAUCAGAAGCACUUGAAGCAACACAACUAUAUCUAAGAUUGUUGUUGCCCAACGUUAGAGAAGAAUUACGACAGCUACUCACUUUUAUGGCAACUUCAUCAGAACCCAAUGCCUACAAAUUACAAAAACAGUUUGAUAACAAAACGGUGGUCCUGAAAACUCUUGCCAAAGCAGUUUUGCAAUCCAAAUCGUUAUUAAGAGUACAGGCAGAAAAACUAGUCUUGUUUCUACUGGAGUUCCACUCUGAGCUCUUCAAGACACCGGUUACUUUAUUGGAUCUGGUUAGUAAGAAACUUAAGAAGCUUCUACAUGGAGAAGAUCCAGAUGCUAUAUCAGGAAAUGACAAAGUUUUUAUAGAGAAGGAGCUUAAACACUUGCCCCUACCCAGUUGA